CUGCUCAAAUGGUUAGUGAUGAAAUUAAUAGAAAAAGUUGAUGAAGACAAAGAUAUAAAGGAAGUGUGAAAAUGAGAAGAGAUUAUCAAUAAAAAAGCAAAACCUAGGAAAGAGAAAGUAUAAGAAAAAGGAUAUCGUUUUCACCAGGAAUUGAAAUCCCACUAAGAGGGUUCUCAUUUGAGCCAUGACCCAAUUCAUGGCACACAGUGUCUCAUGUAAACCUCUUCUCCCCUCCACCAAUAUCAUUUUCUUCCAUUUUCACUACAAAUUCUUUCUUUUUUGUUUUCCAUGGCAAUAAAAGUGUUUUCCUCCUUGAAAAUGACCCCACAAGGAAUUAGAAUCCCACUCAGAAGUGUUUUCAUUUGGGGAAUGACUUUUGUUUGUGGCACACAACUUUUCUAAGCAAAUCUCUCCUUUUCUCUCCCCUCCACCCAUAUUUUCUUACAUUUUCCAUACAUUAAUGUUUUUGUUUUGCCAUAGCAUAUGAGACAAUAUUUUUUUUAAAAAAAAAAUUGUUGGAAACAACCAUUUCUCUUUCUGUUUCCCUAUAUAUUUAGCUUAAUCUCACACCACACUCCUCAACUUCUCCUUGGAAACUUCUCUCCACCUCUAGCAUCAUCUUCUUCUACCAACUCCCUAAACAAAAUCUCCUAUAGUCAUUAUGGUCCCACUCAACACCACCAAUGAGAUUGCGCUACAGGUUCGCCAAGAAACUAAUAGAGUUGGAGGAUCAGAAGCUGUGAACAGAGACUGGCAUGGGAAUGAAGAGAAGAAGAAGAAGAAGAUGAUGGGUGCUUUUCAAUUUCAAGGCUUCAUCACUGGAAAUGCCACAGGAGGGUGGAAAUCAGCUAGUCUCCUAUUGGCAAAUCAAGGCCUAGCAACACUAGCUUUCUUUGGAGUUGGAGUGAACUUGGUUUUGUUCUUAACCAGAGUUCUUUCUCAAGACAAUGCUAAUGCUGCCAACAGUGUCAGCAAGUGGACUGGAACUGUAUAUUUAUGCUCAUUGAUUGGAGCAUUUCUCAGUGAUUCCUACUGGGGUCGAUACUUGACUUGUGCCAUCUUUCAAGUCAUCUUAGUGCUGGGUUUGUUGCUAUUAUCGCUAUCAUCCUGGCUUUUCUUGAUUGAACCCAAGGGCUGUGGUGAUAGAACCACGCUGUGCUCGCCAUCUUCUUCCGUAGGACUCGGCGUUUUCUACUCCUCCAUAUAUUUAGUGGCCUUUGGUUAUGGCGGGCACCAACCCACGCUAGCCACCCUUGGAGCAGAUCAAUUCGAUGAGACAAACCCUAGAGAAAUGAACUCCAAGACAGUUUUCUUCAGCUAUUUCUACUUUGCACUUAACUUGGGGUCUCUCUUUUCCAACACCAUUUUGGUCUAUUUUGAGGAUUCUGGGAAAUGGACACUAGGGUUCCUGGUGUCAACAGGUUCAGCUAUUAUUGCCCUAGUAAUAUUCUUGUGUGGCUCAUCGGGUUAUCGGCAUAUUAAACCGUGUGGCAACCCUUUGCCCCGAGUUGCUCAGGUAUUCGUCGCUGCCUUCCGCAAAUGGGAUGUCGUUGUUCCUGAAAAUGGUGAUGGUUUGUAUGAGCUAGAAGGAUCAGAAUCUGCCAUCAAAGGUAGUAGGAAGAUUCUUCACAGCAAUGAGAUUGAGUUCCUAGACAAGGCCGCCACGAUGAUAGAGGCCGAUAUGGUGGACCCUAAUCCAUGGAGACUUUGCACUGUGACUCAAGUUGAAGAAGCCAAAUGUGUUAUAAAAAUGUUGCCAAUAUGGCUAUGCACCAUCAUAUACUCUGUUAUCUUCACUCAAAUGGCUUCCCUAUUUGUCGAGCAAGGAGAUGUGAUGAACAGAAAGAUCGGCAACUUCGAGAUUCCAGCUGCCAGCAUGUCAGCAUUUGACAUAUUCAGUGUGCUUCUUUGCACUGGAAUUUACCGCCAAAUCUUGGUGCCCAUCUCCGGAAAAUUAACUGGAAACCCUAAGGGCAUGAGUGAGCUCCAACGAAUGGGUAUCGGGCUCAUCAUUGGUAUAGCAGCAAUGAUAGCUGCUGGUUUAACGGAGCUCGGGAGGCUCCGUAGGGUUUCCCCCAAUGAAGAGGCUAGCUCUUUAAGCAUAUUUUGGCAAACUCCACAGUAUGUUCUUGUAGGCGCUUCUGAAGUUUUCAUGUAUGUAGGGCAGCUGGAGUUCUUCAAUGGGCAAGCCCCAGAUGGGAUAAAAAGCCUUGGAAGCUCUUUGUGCAUGGCUUCCAUCUCUCUAGGCAAUUAUGUGAGUAGUUUGCUGGUUAAUAUUGUGAUGGGGGUCACAACUAGAGGUGACAACCCUGGUUGGAUCCCGGAAGACCUAAAUACCGGUCAUCUGGACCGGUUUUACUUCCUUAUCGCCGUGCUAACAGUGAUCGAUUUUGUGAUUUACGUGUUCUGCGCGAAGUGGUAUAAGUCCAUCAACCUUGAGAGCUUUGAAAAGAAAAAGGAUCAGGAGGAUGGGCAUGCAGUAGAUGAAGGAAAAUGAGAAGGAAAAAGUUUAGCUCCACUAGUCUAGAGCCACCAAAAAUUCAAUAUUGUAGGUUUGCAUUUUGAUAUUUUCGUUUUCCUUCUCUGUAUUGGGAGAUUUUCACAAUCAUGCAUGCAUUGUCCUGGAUAAGGAAGCCUUGCUCUAGUUUUUGGGGUAUGGAGGUAUGUACAUAAGUAAAAUUGUUGCUAGCUUCUUUGUAUUUAUGGGUUUGCUGAUAUUAUAAAGUUUCGAAGAUCUAGUUAUGCUUGGUUU